AUGUCGAAAAAAAUACCUAGUGGUACCACUCCUUGUGAAAAUAAAAGUGAAAUAAUAAUUAAAAGUGUUAAUACCGAGGUUAAUAGUGAACAAAGUGUUGAACUUAGUUCUGUAGAUAGUGAAAAAAGUGAAGUAACCGCCCCAGAAAUGUUGUCAUCCUGUUCAUAUAAAGGUACGAAUCAAAAUAAAUCUUUUGAUAUUGUUUUUAAAAAUAUUAUUGAAACUUCUUCUGACCCGACGGAUAUUGGACAUUUUAAAGAAAUCGUUUUAGAUGCUCAAACUAAACGGUUCAUAAUUGAAAAUGGGCAUAGUAGACCUAAAGCUAAAGGGCCUUUCGCUAAAAAUUCAGACGGUAGAUCUUUUUCUGAAAAGUAUUAUUUGACAGUGUCCAAAUCUGGUUUAAAAAUCGAACGUUCGUGGCUAUGUUAUUCGACUAUACUUCAAAAAGCGUAUUGUAGGUCAUGCUGGCUAUUUGGAGAUCGCACAUCCACUGGCUUUCAAGAAAUUUGGACUACAGGUUAUUGUGAUUGGAAACAUAUAGUAGAUGGCAUUAAAAGACACGAGCAAUCACACGUUCACUACAUUUCCUGUUUAGUAUAUGAAAAAUGGUUUUUAAAUAAAACAUUAAACGAAGAACUAGAACAGAGUAUAAAAAAAGAAAAAUUAUUUUGGCGUCAGGUUUUAGAGAGAAUUUUAAAUAUUACUCUUACAUUAGCUAUGCGAAGUUUACCUUUUCGCGGCCACAGAGAAAAGCUCGGUAGUGGAAAAGGAGAAAACGGCAAUUUUAUUUGUUUUAUUGAGUUACUUGCAAAAUAUGACCCAGUACUAGAAAAAGUUAUUAAUCAGGGUAAUAAUAAAGUAAACUACUGUAGCCCUAAAAUUCAAAAUGAACUAAUACAGUUAAUUUCAAAUAAAGUCGAAAACGAGUUAAUACUUAAUAUUAAAGAAGCUCCUUUUUUUUCCAUUAUAAUUGAUACAACGCAAGAUAUUUCAAAAGUUGAUCAGUUAAGUGAAAUUUAUCGUUAUUGUGUUAUAGAAAAAGAUGAAUACGGAAACCCAAAAAAUGUAUGUGUUAAGGAAACUUUUUUAGCAUUUCAUGAAGUUGUUGAUCAAUCUGCCUCUUCUCUUUCUGAACUAAUAUUACAGAAUAUUGAAAAAAAGGGAUUGUCUAUCGGCAAAUGCCGUGGUCAGGGCUAUGACGGGGCUGCCAAUAUGAGUGGUAUGUAUAAUGGCCUACAAAAAAGAAUUAAAGACAUUGAGCCAAGCGCAGCUUAUGUCCAUUGCUCUGCUCAUAAUUUAAAUUUAGUUGUCAAUGAUGCUGUGAAAGAAAUAACAGAAAUGGAAAUUUUUUUUGAUGUUGUUCAACGAGUUUUUGUUUUUUUUGGACAUAGUAUAGUAAGAUGGCGUAUAUUAUCAGAUUUAAUUAAGGAAUCGAACAGUCAAAAUGGAUUAUUAAUAAAAAAACUUAAUCCCACAAGAUGGGCUGGUCGUUAUGAAGCAGUUUUUGCGCUUAAAAUUAGAUUUGUUGAAAUUCAAAAAGCUUUAACAAAAUCAAAGUCAGUUGAUUUAGAUAAUGCAUCCAAUUUAUUAAAAAACUGUUAUGAACAAUUAAAAGAAUAUAGAUGUAAUUUUAAUGAUCUGUUGGAAGAAGCAAAUAUAGUUGCUAAAAGUUGGUCUAUCUCUACAGAGUUCCAAAACAAACGUCGUAAAGUUGUAAAAAGAUAUUUCGAUGAACUAUGUACUGAUAUGCGUUUAACUUGUCCAGAAAACUUAUUUCGUGUGACUAUUUUUAAUAGAACGUUGGAUAUAUUAAUAAAUCAAAUAAGUAAACGUUUUUCAAGUUUUCAUGAAUUAAUGCUAAAUUUCACAUGUUUACAACCAUCUUUUCUUACAUCAGCAACAGAUUUAGAGCUUUUAAAUGAAGCUACGAAGUUGGUAAACAAAUAUGAUAAAGACAUAUCAAAAACAUUUACAAGUGAAAUUUUAGCUGUAAGAUCAACUCUUAAAAAUCAAAUAAGUCAACUUAAUUCAACUAGAGAUCUUGCUCAACUUUUAAUGGUGAAAAAUCAUUCUUUAACAGCCAGUUUCCCAGAAGUAUGUACUGCUCUUUUAUUAUUUUUGACAAUUCCUGUUACAUCUGCAAGCGCGGAACGGUCGUUUUCGAAACUAAAAAUUAUUAAAGGAUAUUUAAGGAGUACAAUGAUGCAAGAUCGUUUAAGUGGCCUGGCGUUAAUUUCAAUCGAACAAGAAACAGCCCGAGAAGUUGACUUUGAAAAUUUAAUCGAUAUGUUUGCCGAACAAAAAGCAAGAAAGAAAAAAUUUUGA